AGAAAUAACUGGGAAAUGAAGCCUUUACAUAUCAAACGAAGCAAUUCCACCUACUACAAAGAUUUAAUUUCUUCCCAUUUGAUAGACACAAUCUUAAGAGAACAUCACAUAAUGUUUACGAAAAAUUUAGAUGUUACAUCGUUCUCAAACAAUAGGAGAAAAACACAUAAUCCACAAGGCAGGGCAGUUCCAAGUGUCGUGUGGGAUUAUUUUCUUAACGGAUGUUCUAUUCGAUUGAUCAAUCCUCAAACAUAUAUACCGGAACUUCAUUUGUUAAAUGCUUCACUACAAGAAUUUUUUCAUUGUUUUGUUGGAUCGAACUCUUAUUUAACACCACCAAACAGCCAAGGGUUCGCUCCCCACUAUGAUGAUAUUGAAGCCUUUAUUUUGCAAGUUGAGGGAAAGAAAAGAUGGCGAUUAUACAAACCCAGAUGUAAUGAAGAAACUUUACCUCGAUAUUCGUCUCCAAAUUUUUCACAAAGAAACAUUGGUGAGCCGAUUUUAGAUACAAUAGUUGAGCCAGGAGAUUUGCUUUAUUUUCCUCGUGGUACCAUUCAUCAGGGUGACACAUUUGGAUUAGGUCAUCAUAGUUUGCAUGUCACUUUAAGUGUUUAUCAAAAAAAUACUUGGGGGGACUUUUUGGAAAAGAGUAUACCUGCAGCCUUACAAAGUGCUAUCCAAACUGAUAUACGUUUUCGCAAAGGACUACCCCUUUAUUAUUUACGACGAAUUGGAUUUGCAUUUGCAAAUGAAUAUUUCGACAUCCACAAGAAGUUUCUUGCUCAGGUUCAAUCGCUUUUGAAUAUUUUAGUAUCAGAAUAUCUAAAUAUUGAUGAAACUGCUGACGAACUAGCAAAAAAUCACAUUCAUGAUUUUCUACCACCAAUGUUAAAUAAACAGGAAUAUUAUUGUUCUGUUUAUGGAGGAGGAGAACGAAUGACUAAAAGUGGUACUAUUGUGAAUCGCGUACAAUUUAAACCAAGUACUUCUAUUCGAUUGUCAAGAGCUCAUUGUAUCCGGCUAGUAAUGGAAAGAAAUUCGUAUCGAAUAUAUUAUUCGUGUGACAACUCCAAAGAGUAUCAUGAAUAUGAGCUUCAAUAUUUGGAAAUACAUCCUAAAUUUAUCGAUGCCAUUAAAAAAAUCAUUCUACAGUUUCCUAGUUUUAUGAAAGUUAAAGAUCUUCCCAUCAAAAAUCAUAAUUAUAAGGUACAGUUUGUGUCGGACCUAUGGGAAAAAGGUAUCCUUGUAUGUGAAAAACCUUUCUUCUGACUCGUACAAAAAAUUGUGUACCAUGAUAUUGAAUCAUACAUAGAUUGAGAUACUGUCACUAAAAAAAAAUUUUUUGAACAUUCAAUAGCACACAAAUUCACGUGGAAUAGAUGGCAAGCAGAAAAACUUAUUAUUCAGUGGUUAUGAGUUCCAGUUUCCUUCCUAUUGAGCCUUCAUGUUUUGAAAUGCUGUGCGUUGUAGAGGAUUGAAAUGCUGUCACUAACUACAGUUUUUUUAACAUUGAAUAGCACAUAAGUUUACGUGGAAUAAAUGGCAAGCAAAUAAAUCUGUUAUUUAGUGGUUAUAAGUUCCAGUUUCCUUUCUGCCGUGCUUUCAUAUUUUAGUUUUAUACAAAUAUCUUUUAUGUCGAUAAUUCCAACAGAUGACCAAACAAAGGACUAAACACAAAAUGACAUUGUAAAACAAAAAUGUAUGUUUAACUUUUUAUUUGUUUAUUUGUUA